AAAAAAAAAAAAUAAAGAAAUGAAAAAAUAUUAAAACCACUGUGUAUUGUUUUUGAAACACUUUUUUUAUUUUUUCUUCAUAAAAUAUUAAUUUGUUUUAACAUUAACACCACUUAAACGCGAUAAAUAAAAAAAAAACAAGAAAAAAGCAACACCGCCAUGUUUGCAGUUUGUUUUGUUUAUGUUGUGCGACAAGAAAAAAUAAAGAAAAAAAGAGAAAGCACUACCUUUGACAGAUUUCAGAUUUUUGUCCAAAGAAAUUUUUUGGGCAGAAAUUCGCAAAAAGGGGAAAUUUUUUUCUCUCUCGCGGCCAUCUUCUUUGUGAAAAAAUGUACAAUUUCAGAGUACCCAAACAGGAAUUGGGUUAAAAAAGUUGAAAUAUUUCUGUUUUAGGCAGUACCCAAACAGACCUAAUAAUAAUCAAUUCAAAACACGAACCUUUAUUUUUAUUUCUGUACAUAUUUAUUGAAAGGUGGUUGUCUAUAAUGAGCUAUUUAACAUUGUAUAUAUAUUUCUAUAGUACUAUCAAUCGAAGAAAAUACUUUAGUGACAUCUUUUGGUAGAUCUGCAUUUCAAUUUUCUGCAUACGGUUCAAAUAUAAAAUAAACUAACGAUCCCAGCGGUGGCGACGCAAAAUAGAAAAUUCUACUUCAUGAGAGUACUAUAGGAAUAUAUAUACAAUGAGAGAUGUAUACCAACUAUCUGAAAUUAAAUUUUCGGGUGUUUUAGGCAACAUUGUAUAUAUAUUUCCAUAGUACUAUCAUGAAGUAAAACGAUCUUAGGAACUCUAGUGGUGACUUGAAAAAGCAGAAUUUGUAUGAAAAAAACACACUGAGCGCCACCUCAAAAAAGUGGCGACAUCAACUAAUACUAAAUUCGACUUCAUGAUAGUACUAUAGAAAUAUAUAUACAAUGUUAGGCAAGGGGGGUACGAGUCGGCUCUCAAGGUAUUCCUUCCUCUAUGGAUGCGUUUGUGAAUUUACACAUAUUAUUAUAUUAUAGAGAUCAGUGGCCCGUUCUUUUAUUUAAUAAAAGCCCCGUCCCAUUGGAGGUGGUAGUUAACUCAUUGUAUAUAUAUUUCUAUAGUACUAUCAAUCGAAGAAAAUACUAAAGUGACAUCUUUUAGUAGAUCUGCAUUUCAAUUUUCUGCAUAAGGUUCAAAUAUAAAAUAAACUAGCGAUCCCAGCGGUGCGGUGGCGACGCAAAACAGAAAAUUCUACUUCAUGAGAGUACUAUCAAAAGAUGUCACUAAAGUAUUUUCUUCGAUUGAUAGUACUAUAGAAAUAUAUAUACAAUGUUUGAACCUUAUGCAGGAAAUUGAAAUGCAGAUCUACCAAAAGAUGUCGCUAUAGUAUUUUCUUCGAUUGAUAGUACUAUAGAAAUAUAUAUACAAUGAGAGUACUAUAGGAAUAUAUAUACAAUAGUUUACUCAUGAGUAGAUUUAGUACUAAAAUUAACACAUGAUCUUCUACUCCAUCAUAGAGGAAGGAAUACCUAGAGAGCCGGCUCGUACCCCCCUUGCCUAAAACACCCGCAAAUUUAAUUUCAGAUAGUUGGUAUACAUCUCUCAUUGUAUAUAUAUUCUUAUAGUACUCUCAUGAAGUAGAAUUUUCUAUUUUGCGUCGCCACCGCUGGGAUCGCUAGUUUAUUUUAUGUUUGAACCUUAUGCAGAAAAUUGAUGUGCAGAUCUACCAAAAGAUGUCGCUAAAGUAUUUUCAUGAAUUGAUAGUACUAUAGAAAUAUAUAUACAAUGCAUCUCUCUUAUUUUUCUCUUGUUUUGCUAUCUCUGAAUACGUGUGAAAGUUAUAAUGCGUUUAAUACCUUUCUUUCACCACUAGAUGCACACACAAAAAGGUUUGUGCUUUGAAUUUAAACAUGAUUUUGGCAUUGUAUAUAUAUUUCUAUAGUACUAUCAAUCGAAGAAAAUACUUUAGCGACAUCUUUUGGUAGAUCUGCAUUUCAAUUUCCUGCAUAAGGUUCAAACAUUCUGCCCUAGCGAGGUAUUCCGUCGGAGCGGAGAUUUUCCGCAACGCUUACUUCGUCGGAGGCUCAAAUUGCGUUCGAGGUAUCUUUCAUCGGAAAAAAUAAUAGACAAAUACGACGACGCACCGCAUCGCAUUCAUUUGACAUGCGUCAGAUUCAAGAUUUUAAUAGAGAUGUACAAAAUAUACCGAUAUAUCGAUAAGUUGGUAUAUUUUCCGAUAUUUUUAUAUAAAAACACUUAAAUACAUUUAAAUUGUCAUAUAACUAUAUAGAGAGUUUAAUUUCAUAGUUUCUCAUAAGUAAGAAUGCCAAUGUACGGUAAAUUACACUCUUGCGUUAAUUUGAAAACGAAUCGAUAUUGCGAUAUUUCUAUUCAACAAAAUAUCGAACCGGAAACUAUCGAUAUAUUUUUCAGAAGGCCACCUCUAUAGUUACCAAAUUGUCAAGGCCAAUGUCAGAUGAAAAAAAAAACAAACAAACAAUUACAAAUAAAUAAGUUAAAGCUAAUUCAAUUUUAAAGUUCAAGUGACCUCAACUCCAAUUCAAUUUCGUUUAAAUUACAAAACCAUCGAUGGAUAGUGUCGCGUUGUUUUUGGAAGCCGAGGCCAGGGAAAAAAGAACAGAAGCCCAAGAAAAAAGAAGAGUUUUAAGGAGUGACAGUAAAUUGAACGAUUUGACUGACGCAGCAUUUAAAAAGAACUUUCGCCUCAACAAAGUGGCAUUUGAAUACGUCCUUCAACAAAUCAAAGCUAAAUUGAAGAACACUCACCGCUCCAAUGCCAUUAUACCGGAGCAUAAACUUGCAGCGUGCCUUAGAUUUUUUGCUGAAGGAAACUACCAGCAUGGGGUAGGGAAGGAUUACCAGUCACCUAUUGGCCAAACUACCUUUUCUAGUAUUCUAAAAGAAACACUGGAUAUAAUGGAAGAGACCCUUUGCAGCAAUUGGAUAUCCCUAAAGAUGUCAGAGGAAGACAUACAACAGUCAAAGUUGUGUUUUUUAGAAAAAACCGGCUUCCCAGGAGUAAUUGGUUGUGUGGAUGGUACUCAUGUCCAAAUAAUUGCACCUGUAGAAAACAAGCAUCUUUUUUUGAACCGGAAGGGACACUUCAGUCUUAACGUUUUGAUUAUUUGUGACUACAAAAUGAAGAUAAGAGCAGUAAAUGCCAACUAUCAAGGUGCAAAUCACUACUCUCAUGUUUGGUCUUUGAGUCCGGAACGUCGUGUUUUUGAACAAAAUUAUUUGAGUGGUGCAAGAGACAGCUGGUUGCUGGGUGAUUCGGGGUAUGCAUUGGAGCCUUGGCUUAUGACACCGUUCCGGACUCCCAGGACACAAAGCGUUGAGAGUUGCUUUAAUACGUCCCAUAAAAAAGCAAAAAACAUAGUUGAACGCACCAUUGGAUUGCUAAAAAGCAGGUUCCGUUGCUUGUUGGGUGCGCGACAACUGCAUUAUGAACCAAUGAAAGCGGCACAAAUAGUGAAUGUUUGUUGCGCUUUGCACAACAUAUGUUUAUUUUUUGAUAGUGACUAUUCAACAGUGGAAAGCAUGGAUAUUACGGAAAUAGAAGAGGAUCAGGAAUCCGAGGAGGUUGCCCCAAGCUCACUUCAUAACCAGGGAUCUAUCAUACGAAAUCAAAUCGUUGCACAAUACUUUCAAUAGUAUCUAUAAAAUAUUUUUAUUAAAAAAACAAAACAAAAAAAAUAUCACAAGCCUUCAUGGUUCAUAAGAUAAACAUAAUAAAUUAUUAAAAAAAAAACAUAAUUUGCCUUCCUGGCGUUUGACUUAAAACUAUAAAACUAAUUAAAAAAAAUCACUUGCCUCCAUGGC